AUAGUCCAGAGGUUGCUCCGAAUUCUACUCCACUUUCACCUCUCAAAUUUUGUUCCCUGCUCUCUUUUUCUUAUUUUUUUUUUGCGAAAUUUGAGGGGUUUCUCUGGUUAAUUGAGAGGAAGUGUUGAUUCGCAAGAAAGAUAGAACAAAGAGCGAUUCGUGUUUGUGGAUUUUGGUUUUUUCUCAAUCUUUAGAUGUCAGGACCUGUUGAUCGAUUCGCAAAGCCAUGUUUUGAGGGACUGUUGAGCAGUGACGAGAAGAAAGAGCGAAAGUCCGACUUCGAGAUCUCAGAAGACGAGAGAAAGACAAGAAUCGGUUCCUUAAAGAAGAAAGCCAUCAAUGCCUCAACAAAGUUCAAACACUCACUCAAGAAAAAAAAGAGACGCAAAAACGAAAACAACCGUGUCAGCUCCGUCUCCAUCGAAGACGUCCGUGACGUCGAGGAGCUUCAAGCCGUCGACGAGUUCAGACAAGCCCUUGUCAUGGAGGAGCUCCUCCCCACAAAACACGACGACUACCACAUGAUGCUACGGUUCUUGAAAGCAAGAAAAUUCGACAUCGAGAAAGCGAAACAGAUGUGGGCUGAUAUGAUCCAGUGGAGGAAAGAGUUUGGUACCGACACGAUAAUCCAAGACUUUGAGUUUGAAGAGAUUGAUGAUGUUUUGAGAUAUUACCCGCAUGGUUACCACAGUGUGGAUAAAGAAGGGAGGCCUGUUUAUAUCGAGAGGCUCGGGAAAGUUGAUCCCAACAAGCUGAUGCAAGUCACGACGAUUGAUCGGUAUUUGAGAUAUCAUGUUAAGGAGUUUGAGAGGAGUUUUAUGAUUAAGUUUCCUUCUUGUACCAUUGCUGCUAAGAAGCAUAUUGACUCGAGUACGACGAUUUUGGAUGUGCAAGGAGUUGGGUUUAAGAAUUUUAGCAAGUCUGCUCGGGAGCUUGUGACUCGGUUGCAGAAGAUUGAUGGUGAUAAUUAUCCUGAGACGCUACAUCAGAUGUUUAUCAUUAAUGCAGGGACGGGAUUUCGCAUGUUGUGGACAACUGUGAAGACCUUUCUUGACCCUAAAACUACUUCUAAGAUUCAUGUACUUGGAUACAAGUAUCAGAGUAAAUUGCUUGAGGUUAUCGAUGCCAGCGAGUUGCCUGAUUUUUUGGGUGGGACAUGUACUUGUGCUGAUCAGGGAGGUUGUAUGCUUUCUGAUAAAGGGCCUUGGAAAAAUCCUGAUAUUUUGAAGAUGGUUCUUCACGGAGGAGCUCACCGAGCGAAGCAGGUGGUGAAAGUUCUGAACAGCGAGGGGAAAGUCAUUGCGUAUGCAAAGCCAUCUUAUCCAUGGAUAAAGGGAAGUGACACCUCAACCGCAGAAUCAGGUUCUGAAGCUGAAGAUAUCGUUGUGUCUCCAAAGGCAGUAAAGAGUUAUUCUCAUCUCCGCUUGACCCCUGUUCGUGAAGAGGCAAAGAUUGGCUCUGGUGAAACGAGCUUUGCUGGUGGUAGUUUGGCAGGUUAUGAUGAGUAUGUUCCAAUGGUUGACAAAGCUGUUGACGCCACCUGGAAGGUUAAACCCACCACUAUCAACAAGGUUCAAUCCAAAGGAGUUCUUGUUACUCCAAAUGUCUCAAAGGAGCAUGAAAGCUUCAGUACUCGCGUCCUAGUAUUUUUCAUGGCGAUUGUGAUGGCGAUUCUCACAUUCUUCCGCACAGUAUCACACCGUUUUGUGAAUAAGCAGCUUCCACCGCCUACAAGGCAACCGCAAAUCGAAGGAAACACUGCCGCUAGAGAGGAGGAGGCUGAGCUCCUCAAUACAGUGAUGAAGAAACUAACGGAACUUGAGGAGAAAAUUGGAGCACUGCAGUCAAAGCCAAAUGAGAUGCCUUACGAGAAAGAAGAACUGCUUAACGCUGCUGUUUGCCGUGUAGACGCCCUUGAAGCCGAGCUCAUAGCCACCAAAAAGGCUCUAUAUGAAGCUCUGAUGAGGCAAGAGGAAUUACUCGCUUACAUUGAUCGUCAAGAGUUUGCUCAGUCCCAGAAGAAGAAGAAGAGGAAGCACAUGUUCUGUUUUUAAAAGAAGAAGGAAGAAGAAGCGUCUAUCUAUCUGCCUUCUCUUUUUCUUUUCCUUUGUAGAUUUUGCGUUUAUAAAGAAGAGGAACAGAACAAGUGUUCAUUAGAAGAAAAAAAAAAAACAGACGUUUUCAUCUCAUUUUAUGUUCGAAUUAAUUCAAAGAGGAGAGUUCUUUCUCUUUUAUGAUGAUGAAGAUGAUGAUGAGAAGUUGGUCUUUAUAAAUUUUAUAUUA